AUGCCCUUUCAUAUUAUCAUCGUGGGUGGUGGGAUUGCGGGCUUCGCCGCAGCCAUUGCUUUGCGCGGACCCAAUAGACAGAUUACUAUAUUGGAACAAUCAAGCUUGAACAAAGAGAUUGGAGCUUUAAUUUCUUUUCAACCAAACGCAUCAAGGAUUCUCCAAUCGACUUGGGGCUUGGAUCUACAAGAUGCACGGCCAUUGGUGGACGAGGGAUUCCGUAUCUACAACACCGAAGGUCGACUAGUCAACAGCGUACCACUUCUGACCAAGACGGAAUACGGAGGGGAUCGUCUGUUAUUUCAUCGACGGGAUGUUCACGAAGCUCUUAAGAGAGCAGACCCGCUCGAAAGAUGGCACUCAGGCCGCGUCAUUCUCAUUGGCGAUGCUGCGCAUGCCAUGUUACCUACUCAAGGACAAGGUGCUAGCCAGGCGAUCGAGGAUGCCGAGGCAUUGGGUGCCUUCUUCGAGGGUGUGUUGGAACCACCUUCUCCGGAAACCCUGACCAAAAUUCUUGAACGAUGCCAGUUGAAACAGAUCGACUGCGUUGCCAGGCCAUCGAGACUACCACGUCACAACCAGCGAGGAUCGAUCUCCGAUCCAACUUUACCAACAUGCUCUCCUCGCGAAUUGACACAUGGAAUGAGAAAUUCAUGUGACGUCUCUGUGCUGACAGCAAGUCCCGAUUCCAACCAUUCAGAUUUCAGUGCCCCUCCGACCACCUCUUAUACCGGAAGCAUUCAGGGUAUGUACGAUGCAUCUCUCACUACUCAGUCAGAAAUGACACUAGAUACCUUCCUUCCGCGAAACCAGGAACAAGAGCAUUCUUAUUCAACUCUGAAUCAGUUCCCUGCGUUUUUCGAACAAGUCAUGCUCCCGAGCUUUGAAACGGACAGCGGACUUCAAGGGCCGCAGCAACCCCGAGCUUUUGAUUUUAUGCAAGAUAUCGACUUUACUUUAUCGGACAAUGAUGUUUUCGGAACCAAUUUCAUCCCUGAUCUAGACAAGGUCCUAGACAUGGCUCCUCCCUUCUCGGAAUUAGACAAUCAACAGUCUUCACUCGAUGAUGAACAGUCCGCGAGCCGGCGUGCUGCUGCUUUCCAAAAAUCUCUCUGGCUAUGGAUACCCGAGAAGAACCAGCACGGGUUCAGUGAAGAGCAAAGGAUCCCGCUCCGCGAUAGUGACAGUAUUCCAUCAACGCAUCAGACACGCCUUGAUGCGCUCAAAAUCCCUGGCAAGCUCUCAUAUCAAGCACGAGACGAAAUAUUUAAAUUGGUACUGCGGACCGCUGGCUCUCGGCUUUCUGUUUCCGCUUUCCCAUCGUCUGACUACCUUGAUACUCUCAUUAAGGUUGGAAUAGGCAAAAGAAUUGAGACGGACGCAUGGAUUCACCCAUAUACAUUUUAUGACCAGCAAUAUCAACAGCUACGGCCAGAGCUAUUGACUGCGCUGGUCGCAGCGGGGUGUGUGUGCUGUGGCGUGCCCUCGAUCAGCAAAACGGGUAUUAUUCUUCAGGAGAUCACCAGAGUCAGCUUGGCGCAAUUAGUUGAAGAAGAUAACAGCGUUCUUCGUGAUCUUCAGUACCUCCAGGCAUCCAUGUUAUGGUUGGAUAUCGGGAUAUCGUGUGGGUAUACACGCAAAAUGCAAAUUGCCGAGAGCUUUUUGCAACCACUUUGCACGGCUCUUCGGCGCGCUGCUGCCUUCGACAGGUCAACAUACGCUAUGAUCACGCCUUAUUCUCUUGGGGACGACGAGGCAUCAUUACAACGCGCAUGGCAUAGUUGGGUACGCCAAGAGUCACUCAAGAGACUUGUUUAUCAUGUAUUCGGUCACGACGUGGAAGUUGCUCUGUCUAUGAACCGGCCUGCGAUUACAUCAUAUACAGAAUUCACAUUACCCCUUCCUGCCGCUCGGGAUCUAUGGCUAGCCCCUACUGCUGCAGCAUGGAGAGAAAUAUGGAGAUGUCACUAUAGAUUAAUCGGCUUCUCCGAAUUAAAUCUUUACGACCUUCUCUCCGAUCCAUCUCUUCUUCCCCACAUUGCCCCCGAACUUGAAUCUGGGAUCGCCAAAUCGGCGAUCCUGCAGGGCCUUGCACUUCAAGUGUGGGAGUUCUGCCAGCAAAAGCGGUUAUCCGGGAAUCGUGCCACCACUCUGCUGUGGCUGCAGAGUAGACGGGAAGACCUCUGUGCGACCCUCAAAUCCAUACAGGAGAACUCGCCAGACUCACCACCGGUCACGAUUUUAAUGAAUGAGUUUGUCAUGAUGUACCUCCACAUCGAUAUUGAGGCGAUCCAGCGCUUCGUCGGCAAAAUGGGGGAGCGGGAAGCCCGACGUGCGUACCCGAGUCUGCGAGAGUGGAGCCGCACCAAAGAGGCUCGCAUUGCCAUCUGGCACGCGGGUCAAGUUCUCCGAGCUGCGCGUACAGUAAUGGCUUGGCAAUUCCGUGGAUUUGACUCCCUGUCCAUCUAUCACGCGUCAUUGGUUCUGUGGGUCUAUGGGUUAUUGCAAUGUGGAGAGAAAAGAUUGGAAGUACAGACUCCUAUGAGCGAUACUGAUCAGACACCAAAUAUUCAUCUCGAUGGACGAGAGGACCAUUUCACUAAAGCUUUUCUGGGUUGUGGGAUUGGUCGACCUGGCUUGACAAUGCAUCAGUACCGUGACUCACAGGCUUUUUGUGAGUUGAGUCGGCCUCGAUCCGUGAUGGCUGUUGCUCGGCAAGUGUUUGAAGGAAACUGCCCUCUUCCUCUACCAGGGGAUAUUUUGCCACCGAUGAUCCAAAACCUCUGUUCGCUUAUUGAGGAUUUGGGGAAUCUGCCAUGA